CCAACGUGUUCCACCGAGACUUGAAGCCGAAGAACAUCCUGGCAAACGCCGACUGUAAACUAAAGAUAUGCGACUUUGGCUUGGCUAGGGUUGCUUUCAGCGAUGCGCCAACGGCCAUUUUCUGGACGGAUUACGUGGCCACGAGAUGGUACAGAGCGCCUGAACUGUGUGGCUCUUUCUUCUCGAAGUACACUCCCGCCAUUGACAUCUGGAGCAUAGGGUGCAUCUUCGCCGAGCUUCUUACCGGGAAACCGUUGUUUCCUGGGAAGAAUGUGGUCCAUCAACUGGAGCUCAUGACCGACCUUCUGGGAACGCCUUCACCAGAGUCGAUCGCCAAGGUUCGAAACGAGAAGGCACGGAGAUACCUUGGGAGCAUGCGGAAGAAGCAACCAAUGCCAUUGUCGGCGAAGUGCCCGAACGCGGACCCGCUUGCUGUGAAGCUGAUGGAGAAGAUGCUCGCAUUCGACCCAACACACAGGCCGACUGCAGAGGAGGCUCUUGCUGACCCUUAUUUCAAGGGCCUGGCCAAGGUUGAAAGAGAACCUGCGGCUCAACCCAUCACCAAGGUGGAAUUUGAGUUUGAGAGGCGAAGACUGAACAUGGACGAUGUCAGAGAGCUCAUCUACCGCGAGAUUCUGGAGUAUCAUCCUCAGAUGCUGAAGGACUUCCUCAACGGGACGGACCCCGGGAACUUUCUGUAUCCAAGUGUCCCCUCCGCCCUUCAUCCAUUCCCCCUCUCCACUCUUCAGUGUCAUUACCCAUCCCCUCUCAUCAUUGCUAAUCCCGCUCUCAAUCUUCAGUGUCAUUUUCCCUCCCCGCUCUUCAUCCGUUCCCCCUUUCCACUCUUCAGUGUCAUUCCCCCUCCCCUCUCUUCAUUGCCAUUCCCUGUAACCACUUUUUAG